GUCGGACGGUAAAUUUUCGAGGGAUCCCGGGACGCGAUGCCCGCGAAGGAAACGAGAGAUUCACAGCAAAUUAGCAAAAACCCAAAAAUACAUAGUCGCCAAAACACACAGAAUUGCAACAGAUCGACCCCCGCUUUCGCUCUCUCUUUCUCUCUCUCUCUCUGUGGCAAGAAGUCAUUAACGUGAAGAAGCGCCUUGAAAGAGACGCAGGGAGAGAGGGGCCACGGCGUUUCAAGAUCGCCCAAUUCAUUCCUAUCGAAGGCGGAGCGGUAGGAAUGAGAAAUUAGGAAUCUUGGGAUCGUUUCAGCGAGAGGGUAGGGUGAGGGAAGGAAAAGGAAAGGAAGGAUCUUUCUUCUUCUCGGGUGCUCGAAGGAGGAGAGGAGAGGAGAGGAAUUUGUGCAGAUGGGGUGUACAUUUUCUGGGUUGAACGCGCUGUACGACGCCGUGAACGGGGGAGGGGACGUCUGGAUCAACGAGAACAGGUUCAGGAUCUUGAGGCAGCUCGGGGAAGGCGGGUUCGCGUUCGUGUAUCUGGUCAAAGAGGUGGUCAACGAUAACUCCUCCGUCUCCGGCGGAGGCCUGGCCAAGAAAGUCAAGGACCCUUCUCAUCUUUCAGAUGAUGGCACUUACGCAAUGAAGAAAGUUCUUAUUCAGAAUAGUGAACAGUUGGAAUUGGUGAGGGAAGAGAUUCGUGUUUCAUCUCUGUUUAGUCACCCCAAUCUGCUUCCCCUUCUGGAUCACGCCAUCAUUGCUGUUAAGACUGCACAAGAAGGAUCUUGGAACCAUGAAGCAUAUUUAUUAUUUCCAGUUCAUCUGGAUGGAACUUUAUUUGAUAAUGCCAAAGUUAUGAAAGCAAAAAAGGAGUUCUUUUCAACCGCCGAUGUUCUUCAAAUAUUCCGACAGCUUUGUGCAGGACUUAAACAUAUGCACAGUUUGGAGCCACCUUAUGCACAUAAUGAUGUUAAACCUGGUAAUGUCCUCAUAACACAUAGGAAGGGACAACCUCCUCUUGCCAUAUUGAUGGAUUUUGGAAGCGCUCGACCUGCAAGGAGGCAAAUUCGCUCUCGUUCAGAGGCACUGCAGUUACAGGAGUGGGCUUCUGAGCAUUGUUCAGCACCUUUCCGGGCACCUGAGUUAUGGGAUUGCCCAAGCCAGGCAGACAUUGAUGAGAGAACUGAUAUUUGGUCUUUAGGAUGUACACUGUACGCAAUAAUGUAUGGUGUGUCCCCAUUUGAGUAUGCCCUUGGAGAAUCUGGAGGAAGCCUACAAUUAGCAAUAGUCAAUGCACAGGUGAAGUGGCCGGCCGGACCAAAUCCUCCAUAUCCAGAAGCACUCCACCAGUUCGUGACAUGGAUGCUUCAGCCGCAAGCUGCAAUCCGUCCACGCAUCGAUGAUGUAAUAAUUCACGUUGACAAGUUGAUCUCAAAGUUCUCUCACUGAGGUCAUGUAGGGACGAGAACAAUAUGGGAGUAGCAUUAGUCCUAGAGAAUGGUCAUUCAAACAGAGUUGGUAUAUCUGUCUUCUAUUUUGCCUUUCAAGGUGAUUGUCCAUGAAAGCAGUUUUAACAGUUCGUGAUAAAAGAUUUCACUAAAGUAAAAGUAUUCCAGUUGCUGUAUCUGUAGUAUUUAUUGGCUAAUGCAUUUGUUGAAUUGUUUUUUCCGUGCUCUUCUUAAUUCAUUCGGUAAACAUUACGAGUUUGGAUUACUCAUAAUAUGUACAAACAAUAUUAGUCAUGGUUGUUGA